GUGUCGAGACGUCAAAACACAAUAUGUUUGUUUUGCAGGUCUCAUUUCAUUUUGAAAAUAGUUGAAAUACUCGAAAUAUCCUAAGAAUUAAUCCUUCUUGGUAAUUUUUUAUUAGAUGGUGUACAAUUUGUGUCAAAGAUUGUAGAACAUUGCUAGUAUACUGAUUAUUGCUGGAAGCUAGAUCUCUACGUACAAAUAAUUUAAGGAAAAUGAACUUCCUCGUUGGAUUGAUUUUUAUGCUUCGGUUCAACGAAAUACUUUGUUGUUCAAACAGUAAGAAUGGGUGUGGGUAUAACUGCUUUAGAUCUGAUGAUGGAAACUGCAGGGGUACGUGAGACGCAUAACGCUGUAUUGGGUGAAAUGUAAAAGGAAAUGGUGGCCUUUCACUAGAUUUCAAGGAGUAGCAUAAUGUUUGUAAAGAAAUCCACAAAACAUUUAUCAUUAUAUUCCUUUGUAUUUCAAUUCCUUUUAUCAUGAUCAGCAGAGUGCGAGCUAGGUUGGAUUGGAUUCAAUUGUAAGGAAAGUUGCAAACUUGGAUUUUACGGGAAAUUGUGUAGAACACCUUGUGAAUGUGACGCAUCGAUGUGUGAUAAAAGUACAGGCUGUACAACGUUAUACAAGUUGAGGAGUAGUCGAGGUAAGUCAUUUAAAAUCCCCAAUAUACGCUUCAUAUCUCUGUAUAAAUACAUGCAAUUCUUCUACGAGGUAUUACAAUUACGUUAAGAGACCAACGCUGAUCCUAUUACUAUUCAUUUAUGCAUGUUGUUUGAUUUUAUCUUGCUAUUAUUUUUUUAAAGGAAUUACACCUGUUAGUCUUGUUUUAUUGAUGAAUUGGUAAUUUUUUGCACCAAAUUACAGAAGGUGUGAGUGAAACUUCUAAGUGAUCAUAGAUCUGAGAAUGCUAAAAAAGAAAAUCAACUAUUGAGAUUUACUCAGUUAAAAAUAUCCUAACUUUGGCCGUCAGAGAACGAUUUAAGAGCAUUCUUAGCAAACAUUUUCUAGGAGUUGAGUUGAGAAUUUUCUUAAAUUCAUAUUCUCGCGGGAACGUAUACGCGGAUACUGGAGCUCUUUUUUGUCAAGGGUAAGACAUUUAUAUGUAGUAACAUAUAGGAAUUGCAUAUUCUUAUCGACAGCUUUGUAAUUUUAUAUCAACUUGGCAAAUCCUGAAUAACGAAAAGAAACGGGGCAGAAUUGGGUGUGGGAGAGGUGGGGGGUGAUGAGGAGGUCACCCUCAUUGAAGAAGUGAAACGAGAUUGGAUACGUUAUGUCGGUCAAUAUUGGUAAAUGGCACGGAAGCUAGAAAUGAGAGGAACAUAAAAGAAAAAGAGUGGCAGAAAAUAACAGACAAACUCAAUACAGCUGUUGGGUAGUGACUACAGACAACAAUUUCCAUUGAGAGUGCAAGCUAGGUUGGUUUGGAGUUAAUUCUGAUCAGAGUUGCGAACUUGGAUUUUACGGGAAAUUGUGUAGGAAAACCUUAAGAAUGUGACGCAUCGAUGUGUGAUAAAAGUACAGGCUGUACAACGUUAUACAAUCAGAAGACUAUAUCAAGUGUGAUAAAAGUACAGGCUGUACAACGUUAUACAAUCAGAAGACUAUAUCAAGUGUGAUAAAAGUACAGGCUGUACAACGUUAUACAAUCAGAAGAAUAGAUGUGUGAUAAAAGUACAGGCUGUACAACGUUAUACAAUCAGAAGACUAUAUCAAGUGUGAUAAAAGUACAGGCUGUACAACGUUAUACAAUCAGAAGACUAUAUCAAGUGUGAUAAAAGUACAGGCUGUACAACGUUAUACAAUCAGAAGACUAUAUCAAGUGUGAUAAAAGUACAGGCUGUACAACGUUAUACAAUCAGAAGACUAUAUCAAGUGUGAUAAAAGUACAGGCUGUACAACGUUAUACAAUCAGAAGAAUAGAUGUGUGAUAAAAGUACAGGCUGUACAACGUUAUACAAUCAGAAGACUAUAUCAAGUGUGAUAAAACUACAGGCUGUACAACGUUAUACAAUCAGAAGAAUAGAUGUGUGAUAAAACUACAGGCUGUACAACGUUAUACAAUCAGAAGAAUAUAUCAAGUGUGAUAAAAGUACAGGCUGUACAACGUUAUACAAUCAGAAGACUAUAUCAAGUGUGAUAAAAGUACAGGCUGUACAACGUUAUACAAUCAGAAGACUAUAUCAAGUGUGAUAAAAGUACAGGCUGUACAACGUUAUACAAUCAGAAGAAUAUAUCAAGUGUGAUAAAAGUACAGGCUGUACAACGUUAUACAAUCAGAAGAAUAUAUCAAGUGUGAUAAAAGUACAGGCUGUACAACGUUAUACAAUCAGAAGACUAUAUCAAGUGUGAUAAAAGUACAGGCUGUACAACGUUAUACAAUCAGAAGAAUAUAUCAAGCUAUGCAAGGUGAAGAUAACGAACAGUGAUCAAUCUCAUAACUCCUACAAGCAAUACAAAAUAGAUAGUUGGGCAAACACGGACCCCUGGACACACCAGAGGUGGGAUCAGGUGCCUAGGAGGAGUAAGCAUCCCCUGUUGACCGGUCACACCCGCUGUGAGCCCCAUAUCCUGAUCAGGUAAACGGAAUUAUCCGCAGUCAAAAUCAGUGUGCCAAGAACGGCUUAUGUGUCCUAGCAACAGGAGGUUAUCUUCAUAAAGAUCGUAAUUUCACCUGUCGACCCUUACAAUACCAGGAAAUAAUAACAGUUAGCCAUCACUCUUUAGAGAGUCAGCCAGAUGGACCAGACCCAAUGCGUAGACAAGAGGAAAAAACUUUCCACCACGAUACAAGAUGUCCGUCCAUCGCUUCCCGGGAAAUAGACACCCAGUAUGAUACAGAGGAAUUUCAUGAUUACAAUGACAACAAUACGUGUCAGUAUAACUGGUAUAAAGACGAUGUCGGAAACUGCAAAGAGUGCGAGCUAGGUUGGAUUGGAUUCAAUUGUAAGGAAAGUUGCAAACUUGGAUUUUACGGGAAAUUGUGUAGAACACCUUGCGAAUGUGACGCAUCGAUGUGUGAUAAAAGUACAGGCUGUACAACGUUAUACAAUCAGAAGAAUAGUCGAGAAGAUAUGAGUGAAACUUCCAACUGGAUGUUGAGGGGUAUUGCAGCAAUGGCAGCGAUAUGUGUCCUAGCAACUGGAGGUUGUUAUCUUUACAAACAUCGCAAUUUCACCUGUAGUCCUUUACAACACCAGAAAAGCAUAACAGUUAGCCAUCACUCUUUAGAAAGUCAGCCAGAUGGACCAGACACGAUGGGUAGACAAGAGGAAAACUCUUUCCACCAAGAUACGAGAUGUCCGUCCAUCGCUUCCCGAGAAAUAGACCCCCAAUAUGAUACAGUGGAAUCAAAAGAUUACAAUGUACUAAGUCUUCGUACCAACGGUCUAAAUGAUAAUUUCCUUAAUCAAGACUGUAAUGACGUGUAUUGCGAUAUGAACUUGCAAACAUCAGCCCAAUUAAGUCGAAACAUGUCCGUAAAUGUGAGAGAGGACGAGAAAGAAAAUAAAUGGUACAGCGUUGCCGUUGUGAUAACUGAUGGUGAUGGCGGACAUAGUACCAGGAUAUAGAUAGAUAGAUGGGAUAUUCAGUGGGAUUGGGGAGAUGUCAUAACAUAUAACUAACUCUCAUUGAAGUAACGGUAAUGUUUCUAAUUAAAUAGCUAACAAAUCACACGGAACUUAGAUUUAUAUAUAUAUAUUUUCAAUUAAACCCUUAACUAACAGCCAAGAAUUGGAAAAGUAUUGCUAUUACUUGACCACGUGACUCAAUAGAAUCCAACACCUUCGGCCGGUAACCAAAAGGUCGAUGGUUUGGAUACUAACGUGAACAAUGUAAUAUAAGCACAUUCAAGCAUAUUAGUACACAUUUUAUUCAGACGUUGAUCGGGAGCGGAAGUGUUCACGGUCUAUAUCAAAGUAUUAGCAACAUGUGCAAAAGUCCCUCUACAAGGAACGGAAGUCUAUGUUAAGCUACCGUCAAAAACGACACUUACCUAUAUGCACAGAUGCAUCUGCCUUGUCAAUUUCAUCAUUAUUGUGUUGGAUUUUCCCUAUCCUAAUCUUCUAUUCUUUAUAAGAUUAAGGAUAUGUAUCACUGUUUGUUAUCUCCCAUUGUUCAUUUAUGAAAAUGAAUUUAAAUGUCAUUCUUUAUACUGCUGUUAUUGAUAUUUACUUCGAUAUAUUGUUACUGCUAUGUGUCUGUUAGAAAUAGUGCAUCAUAUAACCAGUUUGUAAUAUAGAUGUAAACAUAAUGUGGAGAGCAAAAUGCUGAUCCCGUGCAUACAAGUUCCACAUUUUGUUGUCUCUGUACAUUUCCUGUGUCUGGUUUUGGUUUGCUUGUGUUAACUUUUUUUUUCAUUUUUGUUUUUGUAAGAGUGCUUUAUGUCUCAAAUUUAUUCCGUUUGCUUCUACUUCCCUAUUUGUGAAUAAUAGUUCCAGCGAAUGACUUUUUUUCUUUAUUACUACAUAUUGAGUGUUAUCUGUUCUAUAUAUCAGGAUCGCUUAUAACUAUGUUUAUCUUUGAUUUGUUGUUUAUUAUCAUGAGCAUUUGUUAAAUUAGGAUUUGUAUGUAACUUUAUUUGUUCAUUGUCGGUUAGAGAGUUAAAUUGAAAUGAUGUUUAUUGUUAGAUGUGUGACUGUGUUUACCUGUAAGUGAUGACUAUAAGUAAAAUGUGCUUGUUUUGCUA